AUGAUCAAAUCAAGGCUACCCGGCGGGAGCAGCACAACAGCUCGCCGCGUUCGUCCGAGCGGACUUGUGAGACUUCGAAGCUCUUCUGACGAGAGCAACUUCGAGGGAGAGCCCUGGGGCUGGAGCGCAGAUCAGUCGGGGAGAGAAGGAGACGACGGUGGUGGGGCUGGCGGUCCCUGGGACGAUUCUUCUCAAGACAAGUGGGAGGCUCUCUACGCCGAGGGGGAGAAGGAGAAGCAGAGUUCCACCUUCCUCAGCGCAAUGGCGGACUGGGGCAAAGGCGGAGUGCUGGGCGCGGUGGACGUGGAAUACACCCAGCCCGUGGAGGUAGUUUCCUUCGACCUUGACGACACCUUGUGGCCGACAAUGUGA